AUGAAACGGUUUUUAAUUCCUAAUAAACUUAAAUCAAAUGAUGUCACUGAAAAUGUUUCAAGUGUUUUGGAUCCAUCGAAAAUUUAUUUUCCUUGUACAUCUACUACAGUAGUUGAAUCAAUAAAACCAGAUUCGAAACAAACAAAUUCCGAUGAACUUUUAAAAUUGAACGUUCUUGAUUUAAGUUCAACUUGUGACGAAAGUGCCGUACAACCUGUUAUUAAUUUUCCUCGUACAGUUAUUUCCGGAAAACAUCGAUGUUUUCAAAGCAGUUGGUAUAGUAAAUAUCCUUGGUUGGAAUAUUCAAUUACGCUAAAUGCUGUUUUUUGUUAUUACUGUCGUCAUUUUCCUCCUCACUUAACGGUUUCUCAGUCUCAUACUGAAAAAGAUGCUUUAAUUAAUCGUGGAUAUUCCGAUUGGAAAAAUAUUAGUAACCUGACAAAAAAACAUGAAAAUACUAGUUCUCACAAAAAUGCUGUAAUAAAAUACAACUCAUGGCUGUCAACGAAAAAAACCGGCUCAGUUUCAUCUCAAAUUAACCAACAAGUUAAGGACCAAAUUAUAAAUAAUAGAGAAACAUUAACAACUGCAUCGAAUCUUACAUUACGUAAAAUAGUAAAAGAAGUUAAUCUCGGGAGCAACAUUUUUAGUCUAAUUGUUGAUGAGGCUAGAGAUGAAUCGAAAAUUGAACAAAUGAGCGUUUGUAUAAGAUAUGUAUACGAUUCAAAAAUAAAAGAAAGAUUUUUAGGAUUCAUUGAAUUAAAUGAAUUAAAUGCCCAAGCGUUGUGUAACGGAUUGAUAUUAUUUUUAAAUAACACGGGUUUAGACAUUGGUAAAUGUGUUAGUCAAUCAUAUGAUGGUGCUUCAGUUAUGUCGGGAGAAUUUUCAAGUGUUCAAACAAAAAUAAGAACUUUAGCAAAAAAUCCAUGCCCAUAUAUACAUUGCCAUGCUCACAGGCUAAAUCUAGUUCUUGUUAAUGUUACACAAAAUGUUCAAGAAGUAGGCGAAAUAAUAGGCUUAUUAGAAGCUGUUUUUGCAUUUCAGUCAGUAUCUACUCUUCGUCAUCAUGCUUUUUUCCAAGAAACAAAUUUCAAAAUCCCACAGCACUGUGAUACUAGAUGGGUCUCAAAAUAUAAAAGUAUACAAUUUUUCAAAACUCAUUUUGGUGGUAUUUUAAAAGUUCUUUAUACAUUUAAAGAAAGUUCUAAAAAACGAGAGGCUGCAGAGGCAAAGGGAUUGAUUUUACAGUUUGCCAAGUUUGAAGUUAUUGUCAUACUUGUUUGUUUAAAUGAAAUAUUAAACAUUGUUAACUGUCUUUCAAUUAACUUACAGUCAUCUACUUUAAAUAUAGGACAGUGCACUAUGUUAAUUAAGGCAACAAAAAAACAAAUUUCGGAUUUACGUGAGGAAAAAAAAUUCUAUGAAUUAUAUGAACAGUCAUUGAUAAUUGCACAAAAUGCAAACGUAUCUACACCAUCAAAUAAUGAUGUUUCUUCAAAUAGAAUGUCUCAAGGCUCAAGUAGAAUGACAGAUUAUUACAUAACUUCUACUACUGGUAAAAGACAUGUCAUAUGUGUUGAAAUGAACAGGCGAUUUGAUGAAAAUGGUGAAUUUUAUGCAGUUUUAGGUGUAUUAGACCAAACUUCAAAAGAAUUUUUAGACUGUGAAACACUAUGUAAAUUUGCCAAGACUUUCCCAUUUUAUCGGUCUGAUGAAUUUAUUAUCAAACUAAAACAUCAAUGUGCAUUAGGGAAAACAUUAUUUUCAUCUAGUUCUGGACUUUUUGAACUGUUGAAUGAAGUUCAAAAUUAUAAAUGCUUCUGCAGAAAGAAGCUUUUCAACAAUGAGAAGAGUGAAAACAUACCUCAGAUCAACUAUGAAUCAACUAUGAAAAGUUCUAGACUAAAUGAUUUGACAUUACUUUCCAUAGAAAGGGAAAUAAGUGGACAAUUUAUGGAUAACCCAUCGGCUGUUAUUGACGAGUUUGCUGUUAUGAAGAAAAGAAGAUUAGAAUUUUUACUUUGA